AUGGGCUCCUACUCCAACUCUCAAUUUGUCUCCGAAGCGGAUAUCGAGAACGUUAAAAAUGCGCCGUACCAUUAUCUCAAUCGCAACCUGAAGGCGCCUGUCGCUGAUGACUUCAUGUACGCUUUCAAGCACAAUAACCCGCUUCCUCUACAUGGCAAAGGUACCGAUGUGGUUGACUUCACUGCCGACGACGAGAAGAGCAAGCAAACUAUCGCUGAAGAGAUUUUGAAGAAGCUGGAACAGGCCAUCCAAGCCAAGGACUCCAAAACAUUUUCUGGACUUUUCUUGGCGAGCGGGGUGUGGAGAGAUAAGCUUGUUUACACAUGGGAUUAUCGGACUUUUAACGGCCCCGAAAGAAUCGAGAAAGCGGCUGCUGAUCUGUUCCCUCGCACGCCCACCUGGAAUUACGCCUUUUUGGACCCGAAACCGUCCGUUGAACGACCUUACCCGGACUUGGCCUGGCUUCAAAUCGUAUACUCAUUCGACACGGACCUCACGCAUGCCAGCGCCGUUUUGAAUGUUGUCAAGACCGAUUCGGGAUACAAGAUCUGGACGCUGCAUACGGUCAUCGAAGGGUUGCGAGGUGUUCCUGAACUACCGAGCAAAGAUGGCCAUAUGACUGGGUUCAAGUCGUGGUAUGAACAAAGAGCACAGGAUGAUAGCCUUGAAGGUGUGGAACCCGAGGUAAUCGUCAUCGGGGGAGGCCACUGCGGUCUCCAAAUCUCUGCGCGCUUAAAGACUCUCGGCGUUACCACCCUAUUGGUUGAGCGGAACAAGCGCAUUGGCGAUAACUGGCGCAAUCGAUACGAAUAUCUUUCGCUGCAUUUACCACACUGGGGAGAUCAUUUUCCCUACUUUCCGUUCCCCGAACAUUGGCCGACUUAUACCCCGGCCGCGAAAAUGGGAGACUGGCUUGAGUGGUACGCAAGUGCCAUGGAACUUCACGCCUGGACCGACUCCUCCGUCAAGUCUGCUGAGAAAGAUGCCGCGGGACGUUGGCAGGUCGUCAUAGCUCGGGGCACCGGCGACGCCGCGUCGACUCGAACCUUUCAUCCCAAGCAGGUCAUCUUCGCCACCUCUCUUGCCGGGGUACCAUUCAUACCGGACAUUCCCGGCAUGGACAAGUUCAAAGGCGUAGUCAGACAUUCGACUCAGCAUGACUCGGCUCGCGAGUGGGUUGGGAAAAAGGUGCUUGUGGUUGGCACGUCUUCCUCUGGCUUUGACACCGCCUUUGAUUUUGCUCGACGUGGCAUUGACGUGACCCUGCUGCAAAGAUCGCCUGCUUACAGGCCUGAUGUGGCCGCGGCGGAUCGCAUCGCGCAUGGUCUACCUGUUGGACCUCAGGAGGAGCUGUUCCGAAGGACGGCGCAAGACAUAUGGAAUGCGGAUGCUGAGCUAAUUGCCAAAAUGGAGAAGGCUGGCUUCAAGGUCUGGCGUGGUCAACGCGACACUGGUCCCCAUACUCUUGCUUACACCCGAAAUGGGGGCUUUUAUUUCGAUGCCGGCGCUUGCAAAGCAGUCAUCGAUGGCGACAUCAAGGUUGAACAAGGGUACAUUUCUCACUUCACAGAUAGAUCUGUGGUACUCAACGGAGACCGUACUCGAGAGUACGAUCUUGUCGUCUUGGCCACCGGGUUCUCUAGCACCGUGGAGUCGGUGCGACAGGUCUUUGGCGACGAUAUUGCUGACCGGUUCAAGCCGAUCUGGGGCAUGGAUGAAGAGGGCGAGCUAAAUGCGGCUUGGAAGUUCACUGGGGUCGAGGAUUUAUGGCUUAUGGUGGGUUCGCUUCAACCUGCGCGUUUCCACUCGCAGAAGCUAGCUCUUAGAAUCAAGGCUAUCCUCGAAGGAAUCAGUCCCGCCCCAUACUUGGAAUAA